AUGGCGACCUUUGAGGAGCGCGUUGUCGCUCGACACAUUCAAGACUAUUCCAAUGCCUCAAGUCUUGAGCCACAUUGGGGCUAUGCGGACCGAGUUGUCCCGUGUACCAAUGAUGCUGGCUCGUGCGAGUACCUGGAUGAAGUCUACGGAAGUCAUGACCGGGGCAUGCUCUACUCGGGCAUCUUGUGGUGCACCCUCGGCGGCAUCCUGUUUUCGUGGGCCAUAGCUCGGAAGCUCUGGCCCACAACCCGGGCUGAUGAGGUGGUCGACCUCGAUAAUGAGAAGGCGUUGACACACCCGGGCCGCAUCUCACGGAUACGGCGGACUAUCGGUACCGGCGUAAGAUCUUACUUAUUACCCGACUCUGUACGGGCCGUCUUUGGCAGAACAACCCGACUUCAAGUCGUCAUUCUAGCCGCCUUGGCCAGCUACCUGUUGAUCUGGAGCUUUGUGGGAAUCAAGUACAAGACUUGGAUGACUCCCGUCAAGAGCAGCCCCGGCCUAUACAACCAGCGUUCCAGCUUGGGUCCUUUUGUGGACCGCAUUGGUAUCCUGGCCUAUGCCCUCACACCACUUUCUAUUUUGCUCGCGAGCAGAGAGUCGCUUCUAUCCCUCCUGACAGGCGUUCCAUACCAGAGCUUCAACUUUCUCCACAGGUGGCUCGGUUACAUCAUCGUCAUACAGGGCGUCGUUCAUACUAUUGGCUGGACCGUCAUUGAGUGCAAAUUCUAUCAGCCGCAACCAACCACAGCGAUAGAAUGGAUCACCCAGACCUACAUGAUCUGGGGCAUCGUGGCCAUGAUCCUAUUACUCUUGCUAUUUGUGCUGAGUACACCAUGGGCCAUACGAGUGACUGGCUACGAGUUCUUCCGCAAGGCUCACUACGUCCUGGCCAUGCUAUACAUUGGAGCUUGCUGGGGCCACUGGGAGCAGCUCAAGUGCUUCCUGCUCCCCUCGCUCUUGCUAUGGUUUGUCGAUCGAGGUGCGCGAUUGUUUCGAACCGCCAUGAUUCAUUACCAGUUUCUGCCCAACGGCGCAAUGGGUUUCAGGGCUGCCCAAGCAACUUUGACUCAUUUCCCUGAUGCGGAAAACGGUGACAUUGUGCGCAUGGACUUUGCACACAACCACGAAGCAUGGAAUAUUGGUCAACACUUCUACCUCUGCUUUAGUGAAAGCAGCAUCUGGCAGUCACACCCUUUUACACCUCUUAAUCUACCUAUCGUCAAGAAUGGUGUUGUGAACCACUCAUACAUUCUCCGGGCCAAGAAAGGCGAGACCAAGAAGAUUACAGAUUUGACCUUGAAGAAGCUCUCGGAGAAGGGCCCAGCAACGACGCCUGUCAUCUUGACUGGUCCAUAUGGCGAGUCCAUUGCGGAAACAUUGACUCCUGAUGUCAAUGUCCUCUGCAUCGCCGGUGGCACAGGUAUCACCUAUGUUCUCCCUGUGUUACUUCGACUUAUUCAGGAGCCGGCAUCAAGAGAUCGCAAGAUUGAGCUCAUCUGGGCCGUGAGGAGGAAAGAAGAUAUCAAGUGGGUUGAGCAAGAGCUGGAAAUCAUCCGGAAAGCCAGCAAAUCACACCGAGUCAAAGUACACAUUUAUGUGACACGAGAGCACAGCCCUUCGCCGUCACUUCACGAUGGAAAGACUGGAAGUGCCAAGGGUGCCGUGAAAGAGAUUGCUUCCGAUUCCUCAUCAGCGGCUUCAUCGCGGAGCAACUCAUCUUAUGCUGUGCAGAGGAUAGGGGACGAAAACGAGCACAACACCCACCCGAACCUCAAGGAGAAGGUCAGCGAGUUCGUAGAUAAUACGGUGCGCGGCCGAACCACGGUUUAUGCAAGUGGUCCGGGAGGUAUGAUCAGCGACUUGAGGGCCAUAGUAGCCAGUUGCAAUUCAGCAGGCAAGGUCUGGAGGGGCAACGAGCGCUAUGACGUGGAGCUGGUUUGCGAUGAUAGAUUAGAGUGGUAA